AGUAACCUCCACUUUCUUUCUACUACCACUUUCCACUUUCCAGAACAGAAAACCAGUAGGGAAGCUGGUUUUUUGAUAAACAAUGGCUGCUACUUUAUUUCACAAACCAUCAUCUAUGCUUUCCUCAAGAACCCAUUUCCCUGUUCCUGACCACAAGCAUGUUUCGUUGGAAUUUUCACCUUUCUUACGUUGCAAUUACCAAUUUAGAAGCAGAGGGAUUAAGCAGAUGAAUCAGCGGGUACAAGUCAAAGCCACAGUAGCAGAGACGCUCAGUGGGAAUGAAUUUGACGUGGGAAAGAAGAGGUUGAGGAUUUUGGUUGCUGGGGGUGGGAUUGGAGGGUUGGUUUUUGCGUUGGCUGCCAAGAGAAAGGGGUUUGAUGUGGUGGUGUUUGAGAAGGAUAUGAGUGCAAUAAGGGGCGAGGGACAGUAUAGAGGUCCAAUUCAGGUGCAGAGCAAUGCCUUGGCUGCUUUGGAGGCGAUUGAUUUGGAGGUGGCUGACGAGGUAAUGCAAGCUGGGUGCAUAACUGGUGAUAGAAUUAAUGGUUUGGUUGAUGGGAUAUCCGGUUCUUGGUACAUCAAGUUUGAUACAUUCACCCCUGCGGCUGAAAGGGGGUUGCCAGUUACAAGAGUUAUUAGCCGAAUGACCUUGCAACAAAUCCUAGCGCAUGCAGUUGGGGAAGAUGUAAUUUUGAAUGAGAGCAAUGUUGUUGGUUUUGUGGAUCAUGGACAUAAGGUUACUGUGAUGCUUGAAAAUGGAAAACAAUAUGAAGGUGAUCUUCUAGUUGGAGCUGAUGGAAUAUGGUCUAAGGUCAGGACAAGCUUAUUUGGGCCAAAAGAAGCUGUGUACUCAGGGUACACUUGUUACACUGGUAUUGCAGAUUUUGUGCCUGCUGAUAUUGAGUCUGUUGGGUACCGUGUAUUUUUGGGACACAAGCAGUACUUUGUUUCCUCGGAUGUUGGUGCAGGAAAGAUGCAGUGGUAUGCUUUUCACAAGGAACCACCUGGUGGUGUUGACAGCUCGCAUGGUAAAAAAGACAGGUUGCUUAAAAUAUUUGAAGGUUGGUGUGAUAAUGUGAUAGAUUUGUUACUUGCAACUGAUGAAGAUGUAAUUCUUCGACGUGAUAUAUAUGACCGAACACCCACAUUCACUUGGGGGAGGGGGCGUGUAACAUUACUUGGGGAUUCUGUACAUGCCAUGCAGCCAAAUAUGGGUCAAGGAGGAUGCAUGGCUAUUGAGGAUGGUUAUCAACUUGCAGUGGAGCUGGACAAGGCAUGGAGGCAAAGUGUUAGGUCAGGGACUCCUGUUGAUAUUGUUUCUUCUCUAAGGAGCUACGAGAGGGCUAGGAGAAUCCGAGUUGCCGUUAUCCAUGGAAUGGCAAGAAUGGCUGCAAUGAUGGCUUCAACUUACAGGGCUUAUUUGGGUGUAGGACUUGGUCCACUGUCGUUCUUGACGAAAUUUCGGAUACCACAUCCAGGAAGAGCUGGUGGCAGAUUUUUUAUUGACUUAGCAAUGCCCUUAAUGCUCAGCUGGGUCUUAGGUGGUAACAGAAAACCUUUACCUAACUUCAAGGCAAAUGAUCAGUUGCGUAGAUGGUUUGAAGACAAUGAUGCACUGGAGCGAGCUAUCAAUGGAGAGUGGUUUUUAUUACCAUUUGGAAAUGAGGCAGUUGCUUCACAACCUAUCCAUUUAAGCCGGGAUGAAAGCAAAGAUUUAAUAAUUGGGGGCCAAAAGCAGGAUGAUUCUACAGAAACAUCAAUAAUCCUAAGUUCACCUCAGGUAUCCAAAACGCAUGCCCGUAUCAGCUACAAAGAUGGUGCAUUCUUUCUGACUGAUUUGCAGAGCAAACAUGGGACCUAUAUCAUUGACAAUGAAGGGAGAACGUAUAGGGUACCUCCAAACUCCACUGCUCGAUUCCGUCCAUCAGAUACCAUCGAGCUUGGUUUUGAUAAAAAGGCUGCUUUUCGGGUUAAGGUGAUAAGAUCUCAGCCCAAGUCCACACAGAAGGAUGAGAAUCAAAUUCUUCAGGCGGUCUGAAGAGGUAAGAUGUUUGAUUUUGGAAGUCCUCAUACACAGCAAUGUACAAUUUACAGCAUUUUAUAUAUACCAGCCAAAUGAUACAUUCAAGAUAUGAUGAAAAGUCGGAGCAUUAGGCGAGAAUUGUCAUAUAGAACCUUGCAUCUGGGCAGGAACACCUAAUGUAACCUCCAUUCUUUUGAAGAACACAGAUAUAAAUGAAAUAUUAUCCAUGUCUCCAUUGGCUUAGGACAAGUUUGCAAAGAGGAAAAUGAAGUGUGCCUUUGUGA